UUCAUUCGCACGCGAAAUUUCACGGGGUAUCACGCAGGGAGGAGCGUUGAAGCCGGGUAAAUACGAUGGAGAACGUAAGGACACUGUUUUAAUGCCGCGUACGUCGCGUUUCGAAAGGGAAACCGAGAAUAUCAGGUUAUCCCCUCGAAGUGCGCCGUUCUCGGCUUGUGAAAUCUCGUACGAGGGUAAAAUCAUCAUUCUAUAAAUUAGUGAUAUUCAUUCGUAAACGAUCAGCGAUCAACGACGAUGGCUGUGAUUUACAUAAAGAAAGUGCGAUACUCAGCGUUGUGGUCUUGGAGUGUGUCGUAAAAAAAGGAAAAGUAUAGAAAGUUUAAAGUUGUUUACACGAAUAAAUGACAAAAUUUGACGAACGUCGCGAUGAUAAAGCUUCUAAUACUUUUAACAUUGACGAAAGUGAUCGGAGGUUCGUUACCUCCCGACGAUGCCGACAAUGUGUUGCAUAUCGGUGGCAUUUUUCCGAUAGGAGGCAAGGGCGGAUGGCAGGGUGGCCAGGCUUGCAUGCCAGCUGUAAAUCUGGCUCUAGACGAUGUUAAUCAUAAAAAAAAUUUGUUACCUGGAUUCAUAUUGAAACUUCACUCAAAUGAUAGUCAGUGUGAGCCAGGACUCGGUGCCUCGGUUAUGUAUAAUCUAUUAUAUUAUAAACCGCAUAAAUUAAUGUUAUUAGCUGGAUGUAGUACUGUUUGUACAACUGUUGCAGAGGCAGCGAAGAUGUGGCAUCUAGUUGUGUUAUGUUAUGGUGCAUCAUCGCCUGCAUUGUCCGAUCGAAAUCGGUUCCCGACGCUUUUUAGGACACACCCAUCAGCUACGGUGCAUAAUCCUACGAGAAUCAAAUUGUUGCAAAAAUUUGAUUGGUCUCGAGUGGCAAUCUUGCAGCAAGCCGAAGAAGUGUUCAUAUCUACUGUAGAAGAUUUAGAAACACGUUGCAAAGAAGCAGGAAUAGAAAUAGUUACACGCCAAAGCUUCUUGUCUGAUCCAUCUGAUGCUGUAAGGAAUUUACGUAGACAAGAUGCUAGGAUCAUUGUUGGUUUAUUUUACGUAGUAGCCGCGAGAAGAGUUCUUUGCGAAUUGUAUCAUCAAAAACUUUAUGGAAAAAGUUAUGUGUGGUUCUUCAUUGGUUGGUACGAGGACAAUUGGUACGAGGUAAAUUUAAAGGAAGAAGGAAUUACAUGCACAAAAGAUCAAAUGAGACUGGCAGCUGAAGGGCACUUGACGACCGAAGCUCUGAUGUGGAAUCAGAAUAAUGACACGACAAUCAGUGGGAUGACUUCCGAGGAUUUUAGGCAGAGAUUGAACAAAAUGUUGAAGGAAAAUGGAUUUGAUAUCGAUAAUAAUCGUUAUCCUGAAGGAUAUCAAGAGGCACCUCUCGCUUAUGAUGCAGUUUGGUCAGUAGCGCUAGCUUUCAAUAAAACAAUGGAGAAGCUGAGUAAGCAAGGAAAGAGCCUAAAAAACUUCAGUUAUACUGACAAGGAGAUAGCAAAUGAAAUUUAUUCGGCGAUCAACUCCACUCAAUUUUUAGGAGUAUCUGGAUACGUUGCCUUUAGCUCGCAAGGUGACAGAAUUGCAUUGACCCAAAUCGAGCAAAUGAUCGAUGGAAAGUACGUUAAAUUGGGAUAUUAUGACACGCAAAGCGACAAUUUGACAUGGAGGAACAUGGAAAGAUGGAUCGGUGGUAAAGUACCACAAGAUAGAACCAUUGUGAAGACUGUUCUUAGGACGGUCUCAUUGCCUUUAUUUAUUUGUAUGGGGACUAUAUCUUCACUGGGAAUCAUAAUAGCUGUGGCAUUGAUCAUUUUUAAUAUAUGGAAUAGACAUAGAAGGGUUAUAAUGUCGUCACAUCCUGUGUGCAAUACUAUAAUGCUGAUUGGAGUUAUAGCAUGUUUCGUGUCGGUGUUUCUAUUAGGAAUUGACGGUAGAUUUGUCGCAGCUUGGGAAUAUCCAGCGGUUUGCCAAGCUAGAUCUUGGAUGUUGUCCACAGGUUUUACUUUAGCAUUCGGGGCGAUGUUUAGCAAAGUAUGGCGCGUCCACAGACUUACGACAAAGACAAAAGCUGAUCAAGCAAAAUUGUUCAUGGCUAAACAAAAAGUUUCGUCCAUACAGAAGAAAAUUCAACCAUGGAAGCUGUAUACGAUGGUAAGCGGAUUGUUGGCAGUGGAUAUCGUACUGUUAGUCUGUUGGCAAGUGCUUGAUCCUUUGCAAAGAAAGAUGGAGACAUUUCCAUUGGAACAACCUCCGUUUGGUGAUGACGAUGCAAGGAUUAGACCGGAAUUAGAACAUUGCGAGAGCACACACAAUAACAUUUGGCUUGGUUUGAUUUAUAGUUACAAAGGAAUCAUCCUGGUGUUCGGAUUGUUUUUGGCGUACGAGACGAGAAGUAUCAAAGUGAAACAGAUCAAUGAUUCCAGAUACGUUGGGAUGUCGAUAUACAACGUGGUUGUUCUCUGUUUGAUCACAGCUCCCGUAACAAUGGUGAUCGCUAGCCAGCAAGACGCCAGUUUCGCUUUCGUUGCACUCGCCAUUAUAUUUUGUUGUUUUUUAAGCAUGGCGCUGAUCUUUGUGCCUAAAGUGAUCGAAGUGAUCAGACAUCCGAAAGAUAAGGCUGAAUCUAAGUACAAUACCGAUGUGGGUAUGUCGAAAGAGGACGAGGAAAAAUAUCACAAACUUCUUAGCGAGAAUGCCGAGCUUCAAAAACUUAUUGCCGUGAAAGAAGAGAAGAUCAAAUUUCUGAAACAGACUUUGGCCGAGCGAGAUGCGUUGAAAGAUGGGAGCGGAAAUCUUCCAAAGGAUUCGCUGAUAGUCGCCGAUUUUGUAACAGGCGAAGGAACUUCGGAUAGUGCAAUCGAAACGGACCAGGUUGGCUGAAUGCAAGAGCCUCAUCGAUUAGGAUGACAAAAGCAAUACGAGCAUAUAAACGAGCUAAAAGCUCUCACAAGGCAAAAAAAAGCUAUUUAUUUCUUUUUCUCUUCUAGUAUUAAAUGCACACAUGCGUAAUUCCUUCAUGAAAGUGCAUAUUCUUAUUUUGUAACCGCAAAGAAACCGAGGAUCGUGUUUGUAACAACAAAAAAUUCUAUUCUAUCGUUGCCGAUGAAUUAUUUUAUCACACAUAGCGUAAGUCUAAUAAAAGAGAUUAUUUCAAUCGUGUGAUUUUUCGAGAGGAAUGCAAUCAUGUUUCUCUCCAUUUUUAAAAGUGAUUUAAACAAAUAUUACACGGAUUACUUAAAAAGAAAUUUAAAAAAGGAACAAUUAUAAACGAUGUGCAAUUUAAUUUAUAUUACGAUUUAAUCGAAACUCAAGAUAUUGUAACAAAGAAGAUAUUUAAGAAUUAUUUUAUUUAAAUGGAAUGCCAAAGUUCAAACUUAAGAAAUAAUGAAUACGUGAAUAUUAAAAUAGUUUUAAAUCGUUGAGUUCAGAAGAUGUUUUACAUUAUUGAUGAGAUGGUAAUGUGAUUUGACUGCAAUUCAAAUUUUGUCUAUACACAAGAUGACUUAUGUAUGUAUAUCGUAGAUUGAGUAAGCCACAAAGCACAACUUUUUCGUAUGUGCAUUUCAAUUUCGUCACUCUACGUAUACAUGAUAUUUAUAGAAAAAUUUUACGAACGUUUCUGUUGAAUCGUUUCUAGUGUAAUUAUUGUCGCGCUCAUCUACGCAUUUUUUACUGUACUUCUUCGACCGACUGUCGCGCGAAUCGCGCUUGACUAAAAUAUUAUAUGAUAUAAAUAUACUAGUCUUAUUGAACUGUUAAAGAAAGUAUCAUAUAUAUGUAUGUUAGAAUAUGGAGAUAUAUUUAUUUUUAAGUUUUUAAAUUAUAAAAUAUUCGUUAAAAAUUCUUAUAUUGUAUAUGUUAUUGAUAACCUUGCGCUUCGAAAAAAGCGUUCGCUCUCGAAUCGAUCAAUCGUUCACGGAUCUUUGCUGUGUUACAAUUUCAUAAUCGCAACGCUGUGCGUUCGAAUUUAUAAUUGAAAACGUUUAUCUCGCGUGAAUAUAUCGUUGUGAUUUUACACAAGUUUACAUGAAAUCAAAUGAAUUUCAUCGUUUCGAAAUAUUAAAUGAUGACACGUAUAAUUCUCAAAAAAAAUACGUAUAUUUAAUACAUCAUA